UAAAAAUUUCAACAGUGUUCUACUGAUCGCUGCUACUUUGAAAUUCAUCACGCUGCAGCCUUUCUUUUCCAAAACAAAAUGCGUUUAGCUCUAUCAGUACUCGCCGUCUUGUUGGCUUGCGUAGCCGCUCAGGAUCAUCCUCAAUUCCUCGCUUAUCGUAAUCCUUAUCAGAUUCCUUAUUACGGAGAGAACGUCUUCGAUCCUGAAGAUCCACGACUUUUUCUACCAACCACUACCACGACAUUGACCUCAACUUCAACAGCAACCUGCACCAAGUCUGUAGCCACAGCAUGCGCUCGCAAACGCCGAGGCCUCUUGUACGACGGAGAAGAAGAAGAACAAUUCCCCAUCGUUCCCACUGCCGUUGAAGGAGUGGAGCCCACACAAGUCUCAGGCCGUGAUGUCCGCGCUGCUAACCCGCAAUUGUUGUUCGUGGCUCCACAAUACGCCUACCAGCCCCAGUCUGGUUAUCAAAGCGGUCCGUUCAACUACCGUCCAGUUGUUGUACCUUUUUACGGCUCGCACGUACAGCCUGUUGCUGGCCAACGUCUUUUCUUCAAUCAAAUUCAGUCCGCUUUGACCGUGACAAGGACCUCGACUGUCUUCACUGUCACCACUUCGACUUCUGUUCCAGACUGCUCCAAAACCGGAUCAAUUCCCCAGUGCCCAAAUGCUUAACUUGUUGACUCGAAAGCUGUUUGUUGCACCACUCUAUCUAUUUUACAAAAUGAACACACAAUAAUGUAUUAGAAUAUGAUGUUCUGUUUCGUAUAAAUUAAUAUACACCUUACAGCAUCAA